UGCACAUGUUUUCCACCUCUAAGUUGCGAUGGAUUGAAAAUAAGUUUUUUUUCAUCGGAGAUUUUUUGAUUUUCAAAUGGAUUCGAAACAAUGAGGCUGAUAAGCCUCCUACUGCAGCUCAGCAAGUGCCCCUUCUACCGCCGCCCGCUAAAGACACUCCGCCACCAGGUGUGAAGGAUCCCACCCUACCCUCCUGUUCAUUUUCGCCGCAGCGCAUAAGUUUUUCGAGAAUUCGAAAAAAGAAUUGAAAAAUCCCAAUCAUGUCCCACGAUCUCGAGAUUAAAAUUAUCAAAGCUGUUAAGCAGAACCCCUGUUUGUACAACAGCAUGGACAUUGGCUUCCGCAGUGCCCUUAAACGAGGCAGGGCUUGGAGCCGGGUCUCCGACGCCUGCGGACUGACGGUUCGCGAAUGCGAGCAUAGGUGGAAAAACAUGCGUGACCGCUUUGUGAAGCUCUGUCACCGUCAUGGAGCUGCGGAACUCGAGAACACAAAAAACCUUACCAGACGGAACUUCUUCAAUGAAAUUAAAUUCCUCAAGAGGCACAUAAGGACGCGAGUGGAAAACAUAAAGAAUGACAACGAAGAGAGCAAUUCGGACGAAGCACCAGAAUCGAAAGUUCGCCGUCAGGAAAACCUAGCGAGCGAUCGUAGCAACGAAGGGGGGCACCUGAGCGAGACUGCUGAUCUUUUGAAAAUCAUUGAACAUGCGGCGGCAACCAUCCACAGUGACAGCGAGGACGAGGAGCCUUCUUCGCUUUCGAUCGGUGAGAGCGCGGCUCCUUCCAACUCAAACUGCGCCAUUGCCCAGGCAAAAUUCGUCGAAGUGAUGAAUCUGAUUGAGAAUGUCCUCGAGAAGCUCAACGACAAAUUGCCUGCGUCUGCGGGUACACAGAGUGAUCCUGAGAAAUCCACAUCGAUUGAUAUGGAUAUGCCUCCCAGUCCCUUCUAUUCGUAUCUGGAUAGCAUAUUGAAUCAAGUGGAUCUGCCAACCCGCAGCGACAUACAAUUGAAGCUGCUCACUUUGGCGAACGAGCAAGUGAAGAGGGCUGGCGCCGACUCGAACGCGCUCAAAAAUGAAGAAACUAUACAAUAAGCUUACACAAUAACCCGUAAUAGUCGUAAGAGUGUCUAUUUAUAAAGAGGUGGUACCCCUUUUAAAGUACCUUAAACGUA